ACUCGGGAGGUAAACUGGAAGAGGAGACGAAGAUGUUUUGUUAUCGCUAGGACUGAAAAUAAUCCAGGAUCAAGAUGUCAGGACAAAGCGCGAUCAAAAGUGACAAGCGGAUUUCGUCGGGUUUCUGUCCGAAUUCUAAAUGUCAGGCGAGGCUGUUCUUUCCUGCUUACAGCUCGGUUAGCAUCGAGUGCACUGAAUGUGGACAACGUCAUGAGAAGAAAGAUCUGUUAAACGUGGAAGAGGUGACAGAUCCAGAUGUUGUCCUUCAUAAUUUGUUAAGGAAUGCAUUACUUGAUGUUACAGGGACUCCCAAAAAGGGGCCGGAACCGGUCAAAGUGAUGGGUCUGUCCAACUACCACUGCAAGCUGCUGUCACCCAUACUCACCCGUUAUGGAAUGGAUAAACAGACUGGGAAAGCCAAACUACUGAAGGAGAUGAACCAGGGCGAGAUCUUUGACUGCUCACUUCUGGGCAGCAGGGCCUUCCUUAUAGAACAGGAACAUGUGUCUACAGUUGGUUAUGGAAAGGACAGAUCUGGCAGCCUCAUAUACCUCCAUGAUACUCUGGAGGAGGUCAAGAAAGCCAACAACAACAAAGAAUGCCUCAUUCCUGUCCAUGUGGACGGAGACGGUCAUUGCCUGGUCCACGCCAUAUCCAGGGCGUUAGUGGGUCGUGAGCUGUUCUGGCACGCGCUACGAGAGAACCUUAAACUGAGCUUUAAGCAGAAUCUCGACUGCUACAAGGCUCUCUUCCGAGACUUCAUCGACACCGCGGAAUGGGAGGACAUCAUCAACGAGUGCGACCCGUCGUUCGUCCCUCCGGAGGGUGUCCCGCUCGGCCUGAGGAAUAUACACAUCUUUGGCCUGGCCAACGUAUUACACCGUCCCAUAAUCCUCCUGGAUUCUCUGAGCGGAAUGCGCAGCUCAGGCGACUACUCUGCGACGUUUUUACCAGGCCUGGUCCCCGAGGAGCAGUGCCGGGGAAAGGACGGCUCCCUGAACAAGCCCAUAUGCAUUGCUUGGAGCAGCUCUGGAAGAAACCACUACCUUCCUCUGGUGGGUAUUAAGGGCAUGCCUUUGCCCAGGUUGCCUCCAGCACUGCUUCCCAAAGCGUGGGGAGUUCCACAGGAGCUCAUCCGCAGGUACGUCAGUGUGGAACCAUGUGGAGGCUGUGUGAUCGGAGGAGACCGCAGCCUGCAGGAUAAAUACCUGCUUCGUUUGGUCGGUGCGAUGGAAGACGUCUUCACGGAGAGGCACGGCAUCCAUCCUGCUCUGGUGACCGACGUCAAUCAGUACGUUUAUCGACGCACGGGGGUCAUCGGCACCCAGCCCGAAGAGGUUACCGAAGCGGCAAAAAAACUGGUCCAGGAAAAUCGUCUUCACCGCUGUCUGAUCUGUAAUGCGCUGUCAGAACUUCAUGUUCCUCCAGAGUGGCUAGUGCCUGGAGGAAAGCUCUACAAUCUUGCCAAGUCCACUCAUGGGAUUCUGAGAGCGGAUAAGAACUACACGUUUCCACUGAACAACCUGGUGUGUUCCUACAGCCCUGAGAGAGACGCGCUGGUGCCCGAUUACAAACUAAGUUCGCUGUCCACCUGCACCUGGUGCCACAGAAACUCUGCGCGGCGUGUGCGCGGUGACGGGUCUGUGGUGUACCUGAACGGGGACCGUACCAACACCCCCUCACAGGGGGGAAAGUGUGGUUGUGGCUUCAAACAUUACUGGGAUGGAAAGGAGUAUGAGAACUUACCCGAGGCGUUCCCGAUAACCUUGGAGUGGGGCGGCCGCGUAGUCGGAGAGACUGUCUACUGGUUCCAGUAUGAGCCAGAUCCAGCGCUGAAUAGCAACGUCUACGAAGUGGCGAUGCGCCUCGUCACCAAGCACUUCCCGGGAGAGUUUGGCAGUGAGAUUCUUGUGCAGAAGGUCGUGAACACCAUCCUGCACCACACGGCAAAGAAAAAUCGGGAGGAUUACAACCCGGUGGCCGUAGACGGUCACAUGCAGGGCCCCAGCCAAGGGGGUGGACAAGUGGUCGAGUGGGAUGCGAACUCUCCAACGAAGAUCAUACUGACGGGGCAGAAGGGUCGCACCCUACAUAAGGAAGAGCUGGUGAUGAGCCAGGCAGAGAGGAAUGUUCAACACAACAUCAGUGAGCAGGCCGCUCUAUCUCAAAGCAGGCACACACAACGUCAGCGGAUACUAGAGCAGACUUCAGAGCCUCGCCCGGCGUCUCCUGCAUCCUCCUCCUCGACUCCACCGACUCCCGUUAAGACCCAGAUUCCUAACGGGCAGAAGAAGAUUCGCGUAACGACCAGUGACGGACAUCAAGCGACACUUCUUCUCCCAGCCCGUGUAACCUAUUCCGAGCUGCAGACUGCAAUCACCCAAGCCCUCGACCUGCAGCCCCAACAGCUAUGCAUUAGGCAUGGUUUCCCACCCCGUGAGUUGCCCCCACCACCGCCUGAGGAUCGGGACCUCCCCGUAGCCCUGCAGCAUGGAGACCGGCUCACUGUGGAAGUGCUGAAGGAGAGUGUACCGGAUACAAAACCGGACACGCAUACCCCGAUGGACCCUUGGCUGGGAGAUAGGACCCCUAGCAGCCGUGAGCUGCAGGACAGCAUUGACCUGGAGAUAUCAUCACUCUGUCUCCUAGCAACUCUCAUGGGUGAGGAGGACGUGUGGUCGUAUGCCAAGAAAUUACCUCACCUGUUCCAGCAAGGAGGAGUCUUCUACAACAUUGUCAAAAAAGAUAUGGGUCUGUUGGAUGGGAAGCACUGCACUUUGCCACACCUGACAGGUAAGACGUUCGUGUUCAACGCGGCAGAGGAGCGCUUGGAGCUGUGCGUGGACGCCGCCGGCCAUUUCCCGGUGGGCCCCAACGUGGAGGAGCUCAUCCAAGAGGCCCUGUCCGAAAUCCGCUCCGAGUCUUCAUCCCGAAGCCGCGAGGGGAGCCCUUCCCACGGCCUGAAGUUAGGCGGCGGGGGUGUGGUGCGCAAGAAAGAACGGACUGUCAGCGUCUUUCAGGGCAAAGGUCACUCGCUGGGCUCUACCUCUCAUGAGCACCAGCCUGUAAGGAGACAGCACAGCAGCGGGGUGGACCUGACCGGCAGCGUGCAGGGGCCGGGGCUAGCAUUGUCACGGGAAGAGCUUGUGCGCGUGGCUCCGGGGAUGGUCACGCUACGUGAGGGUGGUCAGGGAGUGGAAUUGGAGCCGGCGGCCAUCGAGGCUCAGCGCCGCCGCCUGCAGGAGAUGGUGUCAAACUUGCAGGCGACCAUGGACAAACACCGUCAACAGACGGGCGCGUCCGCUCCAGACGAUAAAGGCGAAGAAAAGCUGGACGAACAAGAAGAAAUGGAGAGCCAGGGAGAGGGGUCUUCAAGCACCUCUGAGCCGAUGGACCAGUCUUUAUGAUUCAUGUUAAUUCCUCGCAGAAUGAUAUACUCGGUAAACAUAUUAAUCCAUAGCAACGUUUGUCAAAUACAUUAGUGAAGAAUUGAAGUCUUAUGGAGGUUGAAAUAGAGCAGAUAUGUUGGAAAUGUGCUUAUAACACAAUUAUUAUAGACGAUGGUACUUAAGCUCCAGCUGAUGACAGUAAAAGUGUAGCCCACACUUUUCUACAACGGCGCAGGAACCUGUCAUUUUUGUUUGUUUUGUUGCAGCUUAAAUAACCUAAUUCAUCUUAAAAAUUGAUUUCAGAGUCAUCGAGCAGAGAAAUCAUUGAACUGUGCUGGACUUGGAACCUUGUUUUGCUCUUCGGCUGGGGUGCUAUUAUUAUUGUUAUUAUUAUUAUUUUUAUUAUUGCAUGUAUGCAGUUGCUUGUGGUAACUGGUAUGGCUCAGUUCGAAUAAAAAAUGUACUUAGAGUACUUCAAA